UAAUUAACUCAUUUGGCUUUUCUAGAUAGUACACAUAUUCCCAUCACAUAUUAUAGAAAAUUGUUGAAAAAUGUAUCAGGUUGAGAGCAAAGGAGGUGCCAUAGUAUGCAUGCUGCUUUCCUUGUUCUUCUUAGGGACAUGGCCUGCUGUUAUGAAUCUAUUAGAAAGGAGAGGCCGUCUUCCUCAACAUACCUACCUUGAUUACACCAUCACCAAUCUUUUGGCUGCUGUUAUUAUUGCUUUCACCUUUGGUCAAAUAGGCACUCAGGACCCAAACUUCCUGUCACAGCUUUCUCAGGAUAACAUGCCUUCUGUCUUGUUUGCUAUGGCUGGAGGGGUUGUUCUCAGCAUUGGAAAUUUGUCUUCUCAAUAUGUUUGGGCUUUUGUUGGUUUAUCAGUUGCUGGUGUAAUCACAUCAAGCAUAAUUGUUGUUAUAGGAACAAUCUUGAACUACUUUUUGGAUGACAAAAUAAAUAAAGCUAAGAUUCUUUUCCCGGGAGUUGGUUGCUUCUUUGUUGCAGUUUGUCUUGGCUUCAUUGUUCAUUCAUCAAAUAUUGCAGAUAAUCAAGCUAAGCUCAAGGAUUUUGCAAGUGAAGUUAGUUCAAAAGAUUUAGAGAAUGAAAGUGAUGCUACACACAAGAUUAAAGCAGGAACUGCAAUUUUUCUCUUAGAACUUGAAAAAAGAAGAUCCAUUAAAGCAAGUGGAAAGAGCACUUUUAUUGGGUUGGCUAUAACUUUCUUUGCAGGAAUUUCCUUCUCUAUAUUCUCACCAUUAUUCAAUUUAGCAACAAAUGACCAAUAUCACACUUUAAGGAGAGGGGUUCCUCAUUUAAGUGUUUAUACAACCUUCUUUUAUUUCUCAGUCUCUUGUUUUGUUGUUGGCAUCAUUCUAAAUAUCAUCUUCCUUUACCAUCCAAUAUUAAGCUUACCUAAGUCAUCAUUGAAAGGGUAUUUGGGAGAUUGGAAUGGUAGAGGUUUGGCCUUGUUGGCUGGUCUCCUGUGUGGAUUUGGGAAUGGACUUCAGUUUAUGGCGGGUCAAGCUGCAGGAUAUGCAGCUGCAGAUGUUGUUCAAAGUAUUUUAUGUGCAGGCUCUUCCACUUGUGGGUACUUUUUGGGGGAUUGUUUUGUUUGGAGAGUAUAGAAAAUCAUCAAAGAGAACUUAUACACUACUUGGAAGCAUGUUGAUUAUGUUUAUUGCAGCGAUUGUUCUACUCAUGGCAUCGUCUGGGCACCGAAAAUGAUUAUGCGUCUUAAAGGAACAUGUUACUAGAAUUUAAAAGGUUUUGUAAAAACGUAAUUGGUUCUGCUCAACAAUAAUUGAUUGAACGCAUCAAAUUAUCUUUCUUAGGUUAAAAGAUGCUACAUGACAAUAUAUAAGCAUUCAUUUGAAGAGAUUGAGUUUUUUUGCAAAGGGGGAAACACCUUUUGACAAUAAUGUACUUUAAGAUAAAUAGUAUAAGAGAAAUGAUAGGUUUACAUCAUAUUUUGACAUAUACACCGUAUAUUUAUACUAUACUAUCUAUUUUUUUUAUUUUAUUUUAUAUGUAUGCAUUGAAAUUUGGGCCACCCUAAGUUUAGUAAAUAGGGUACGGUGUCACAUUGUUGGUGUAUACAUAGCACAACUUAUAGUAUAAUGAAGAAUAAUUUCAGUUUGUUUUAUGAUACAA